GUUUAUAUCGCCUUUCAUUCACUCGCUGUCGGUUUGAUUGGCAAGCAUGCAACGACUGACGUUGAGGCGCAGGUUGUCGUACAAUACUAAUUCAAAUAAAAGGAAAAAAGUUAAGACUCCUGGCGGCAAAGUUGUUUAUAUCUAUGUAAAGAAACGUGGAACAUUUCCAAAAUGUGGUGAUUGCAAAAGUAAACUUUUCGGUAUCAAACCGUCCAGACCUCGUGAAAGGGCCGCAAUGAGUAAAAGACUAAAGACUGUUAACAGAUCAUAUGGUGGUUCACGCUGUCACACUUGUGUACGUAAUCGGAUCAUACGUGCUUUCAUGAUGGAGGAGCAGAAAGUUUUGAAACAACUCAUCAAGGAACAAAAAAGAAGAGAAAAGAAAGUUACUUCGGAACAUAAAAAAUAAAUAAUAAACAAAAGCUCUGGGAUGUCUGAUUUUUCUUUAUAUUGGGAUAGUUUAUUGCGUUUCACCAAUAGCUCAUUAUAUACCGUGAAGUCGACUGUCGGCCUCAUACCUAAAAAGCCUGUAUAUAGGCGUGCAAAUGCGUUGUGCUUUCUAUUGUUUCAAAUCAGUUAAAUUAUUUUUAAGAAGUUAUGGUGAAGAGUAA